UAAAUAGCGCUACAUUCACGUGACUGUCAGUCAGUAUUGAAUUCGUUUAAAUAUCUGUACUGAUAUAAUAACUGUUUGUUAAUGCAAAUGUAAUUGAUAUUAAUGUUUCUAAAAAUACAAGAGUGAAAUGGGCCAUUAUAUAUUCAAGUGGUUAUGCACGUGCUAUAUAGCAGCAUAAGUGUAGUAUCGCUGCAUGAAAACGUGCUUAAUACACAAAUGCGGGAAAACUGACAGGUUUCCCGCGUACGAUCUCGUGUAUACGAACAAUUUUCGAAAGUGUAUUAACAAAACAUUAGUUUAAUGCAGUAUCAGGAUGACUUUAGUACGCUCCAUUGUGGAACGGGAAAAAGGAUCAGCAAUUAUACGUGAUUACGAUAUUGCGUUGUAUCGUUUGAAGUGUUAUCAAGAUGAUGUCUACCGUGGUAUAACACCAAACACAAAUGCACUCGAUUUUAAUCCGGAACCGCCGGUUUUUGCAUGUCGAUUCUGUACUACGGAAGGAUAUGAGCAAAUAAUUGCCUUGGCAAACGAAGAUGGAAAAAUUGCUCUUCAAAAUACAAAUGUUAAAGAAGCGACCAAUCAACCCUUGGAAGGGACACAGACACAUUGUAAUGCAAUAUUUGAUAUUGCUUGGAUGCCUGGUGAAUUAAAGUUAGUUACAGCAUCCGGAGAUCACACUGCCAGAUUAUGGGAUGUGUCCGGUUCUGAAAUAAGACAAGUUAAAUAUUUUCAUGCUCAUACAAGAAGCGUUAAGACUGUAGUGUUUCGCUAUCAGGAUCAAGCUGUGUUUGCAACAGGAGCUAGAGAUGGUUCUAUAAUGGUAUGGGACAUUAGGGCUAAUCAUCAUGAACAAUGUAAACCAGACAAUUGCAUUACCAAUGCACAUAAUGUUGGAACCAUAGGCAAUGUGAGGCAACGUAGAGCGUUUAAUCAUACAUCUAGAGCACAAAGUAUAACUGGUUUGGCAUUUCAAGACGAUGUCACCUUGUUAUCAUGUGCAGCUGGUGAUGGGUUAAUAAAAGUAUGGGAUUUGCGUAAAAAUUACACUGUUCACAAAAAGGAACCUAUAGCUAAACAUACAAUGAAUUACACUGGACAUAGUACAAGAAAUGGAUUUUCAUCGCUAUUAAUAUGUCCUGCUAGAAUCACAUUAUAUGCAAGCUGUAUGGAUAAUGUUAUAUAUGCAUAUAAUAUAUCGUCGUAUAAUCCCAAACCAAUUUCAGAAUUUUAUGGGCAUCAGAAUUGUACAUACUAUGUUAAGACUUGUUUAAGCCCCGAUGGACGUUAUAUAGCCAGUGGUUCUAGCGACGAACUUGCAUAUAUAUGGCGCACAAAUAAACCAGGAGCACCAGUAGUGCAACUCUCCGGACAUACAGAAGAAGUUACUUGCAUUGCGUGGUGUAACGUCGGAGAAACUAAAAUAGUAACAUGUUCUGAUGAUUCGUGCCAUAGAAUUUGGAGAGUGGGCUAUGAACAUAAAAUAGAUAACGAGGAAGUACAAAUACGUGGUCAUGCUGAAAUUGUACUUAAUAAGAAUCCUUUAGAAAAUUUAAAAUUAGAAACUACGCCGACUAUUACUCGACGAUGGGUUGUGUCUCAAGAACGUACUCCGGGAUCUGACACCACACCUAAUGCUACCCCAGGUCCCAGUUCUGAUACUUCUAAACAGAUCGAGGAUCAUAAUCAGAAUUAUCAUAGGAUUAGUAAUUCUGUGAAAAGAAGUUAUUGUCAAAUGAUGAUGGGAUCAUGGUCCGAAGGAAAAUUCAAGUCAAUUUUAUCACCGAUACAUGAAAAUUAUGAAUUUAAUGCGAAACGAGCUCAUUUAGAAAAUCGCGGUGCGCGAAGGUUAUUCAGCCCAAAUCAUGAUAAUAAUCGAUUACACAAAGGCUACGAAUCUGAUGAACCAAGCACAAGUUCAUCCACUGCAGAGAGUAAAAACGAUAUUCUUUUUUCGCCCACAUUGAACCUCCCAAAUUUUGUAAUCGAUGGUACAGCGCCACAUUUACUUCAAAUGUCCCCGGAAAAGUACAAAGAAAAUGUUGAUUGGUUAACGAGAAUACGAAGAGAGAAGUUUGAGCAUAGAUCUGGAAAAUCGAUGUCGGAAAAAUUAAGUCUUGUUUCUCAUACAACGCCUGCUAGAAGAAAUAGCCGAUCACGGUCAACGGAACCGCAAAAAGUAACUAAAACGUCUAAAAGUUCUGUUCCCUCUUUAUUAAAUUUUUUUAAAGUUACUGGGAAAGAUUGUGAAACAAAUGCGUGUUGUGAUGACGUUAAUGAAAUGCCUUCUACGAAAUCCUAAAAGUAAACCGUUUCAUGUGGUUGGACUGUAUUUUAAUUAUAAUUUCGUUUAUAUUGGGUUGGCCAAGAAGUCUUCUUGCACUUUUUAAGAAAACUUGAAAACAAAUUUCAAUCUAUUCAAUGGAACUUUAUUAAACUAUGCAUUGCUAUUUUGUUCAACAGCACUCUGUUAUCUUCGAGGAGCUUUAUUGUUCUAUCUUUGGCAAAGCAUCUACAUUUUUUAUAUAAAACAGUAAGAUUUCUUUACCAACUCAAUAAUUUUAGAAAUAUAUUUUAUACUUCAGUAUCAAAUUACAUACAUAGCACUGACCAACUAAUGUGAUAAGAAUUUCAGUGCAUUUUCAGAGUCAAUGCAUUUCAGAAAGCAACGAAUUUCAUAGUGUAGGAUAUAAGAUAUCUAAUAUAACCGUGUGAGUAUUACGAUAUAUGUAAAGAUAAAUCAUAUACUCAAGUAUGUCAUAUACCGACGACAAUAGCAUAAAGUACCUUUUAUAUGCAAUAAUAAAUUAUUUUUUAUAAAAAUAUAUAAUUGAA